AUGCUUCGCUUCGUUGUUGUUUCACUUGUGUUAACGGUCUCUGCCACUCUUGCCAUACAAUGUCAUACGGGCCUGAAAUUUAUCAAGGGAACAUCUGUUGGAACUGCUACUAUCAAUUGUGAAAAUUCUGGAGCCUACUGUUAUAAUAUGACGGCGUCGGCAGCAUCGCUUCUGGAAGUGACGAAAGCGGGAUGUAGUAUGUGGAGAUGUAUGUUCGCCCAAAACAAAUGCAUCGGAACUACCUUCCAAAACAUCCCAAUUUCACUUUGCUGCUGCAACACUCCACUUUGUAAUGCUGGAGGAGAAGGAGCUAUUCAAUCCCAAAACUCUGGCGGGUGGAAUGCUGAACCAGAGCAUCAAGUUACUAAUCUAAACAAAGAAGAAGCUCAGAGCCGAUUCGAUUCCGCUGAACUCGAUGAGGAUCAUCCAGAUGGUGGCUCUUCCUCGAGAGCCACUCGUUUCAGCAAGCCUGACACAACUGAUCCAACUACUGAUUCAUCUGAAACUGGAGGUGAAACCGUCGGAAGAAAAGUGAAUGAAACAUCUGAAUUAGGAGAGGAAGUUGAUAUUCCAUUGAUUUGA